AUGCAGAACAUCGCCCUACGUGGUCACCGAGAUGACGGCCGCAUCGACCCGUCAGGGAAAUUCCCAGAUCAGAAUGAUGGGAACUUCCGGAUGCUUCUAAGGCUUCGAAUCCAGAGUGGAGACCAGGAACUUCAAGACCACCUGCGAUGUGCAGCCGGCUCAGCCCUGUACACGAGUAAAACGAUUCAGAACGAACUUCUACAGGACAUCCUCCAGCUCAUCAGACAAGAUAUCUCCAAGAAGGUGGCAGCGUCACCUCUCUGGGCCAUACUAGCAGAUGAAACGACCGACCGGGCUCAGCGAGAGCAGCUGGCUGUCGUGGUUCGGUACCUGGAUCGCGUGAAUGGGAAGUGCAUUGUUAGAGAAGAUCCGAUCACGCUCAUUGAUGUCUUCAACGAACUGGGAGCGGUGGACGCGGAUGAAGAGGUGCAACUAUCCGGAGCAAACAUAUCGAAGGUUCUUCUCGAGGUGAUCAGCCGCUGCCGACUGGACACAGGCCACCUGAUCGCCCAAUGCUACGACGGGGCAGCGGCGAUGGCCAGUGCCAAGGUGGGAGUGGCCAAGCGACUCCAGGAAGUGGCGCCUCUGGCUCACUACUACCACUGUGCCAUGCACGGUCUAAACCUGUCAACAUCCACCAUCAACAGCGUGGCCACCGUCAGAAACGCUCUGGGGACAAUGGAAACAGUCAUCGUCUUCGUCACGGACAGCGCAAAACGCACCAUCGUCCUCCGACAGGCGCAAAAGAAGACUGGAGUGGAGCAGCAGCGUCUGAUCAAACUCUGCCAGACAAGGUUUGUGGAGCGGCAUACUUCUGUCCAGAGGUUCUGCGAGCAGCUCCCAGCGAUCGUGGAUGCUCUGCAGAUGAUGACCACCUGGUCGGAUUCGAAGACCAGCUCCAAGGCAUCAACGCUUCUGGCCGCCAUGUCAGCCUCAGAGUUCUUCGUCGGGAUGGUGAUCGCCAAGGCUCUGGCAGGGCUGCUACGCCCGGUUUCAUUGCAGCUGCAAGAAGAGGAAGUAGACUUCAUGCAGACCCUCCAACUCACACGAGCCACCAUCGACGCGCUAACUGACCUGCGCAACGACGAGAAGGCCUUCGACCGGCUAAUGCUGGAAGCCCAGUCGAUGGCCAACGAGUUGAACGUCGUUCUGGCGAAGCCACGUGUUGCGUCACGUUCAACGUGCAGAGCCAACGCCGGCGCGGACGAAAAUGUCAGCGCUUCAGAGCACUACCGGUUGAAUGUCAUGCUGCCAGCCGUAGAUGCAGUGCGCUGUGAUAUGGAGUCCCGGUUCGGCACUGACAA